GAGAGAGAGAGAGAGAGAGAGAGAAGAAUAUAUAUAAUAAAGAGUGUGUCAUGUGGUAGCCGUAGAGCUGUUUUUUGCCAUCUCUGUCGUGGUCGUCGUCGUCGCCGCCUGCGGAGCAGUGUUGCAUUAUAUAUAUUUUUACAAAAGUCUCGAAACCAAUCGAGCUUGCAGCCGUGAGAGAAAGAGAUAUAUAGAUUCGCACAAAGAAAAAAGUGAAAAAAAAUAAUACCAGAAAAACGGAGGAUAAAAUGGGACAACGACGACGUGGAUUCUACUCCCGCUGUCUUCGUCGCACGAUGAAAAAAGAGACGACGAGGAGGAGGACUACUACGACGUCCGGCUUCGCGAACUCGUCGUCGCCAAUGGAGCGACGAUAACAAGUGUCUCAUCGCUAGGGAGUGAGAGAGAGAGAGAGAGAGGAGAAAAAAAAGCGAAGCGACGAAUACGAACAGAGCAAGAGUGAAGAAAAACGAGAAACAGAGUCUAUAAGGGCAGACACAUAGCCACACACACACGUGCAUGAGUGAGUGUAAUAGCGUGCGCGAUGACGGGUCUUUGUGUUUGCUGGGUCGUACUGUCGAUACUGGCAUCGAUACUCGCCUGCACCGGUUUUUAUCUGCCUUAUUGGAUUCAGGGAAAGCUUCUGGGUAAAGCUGACGCUUACUUCAAUUCCUUUCGACGAUGUAAUUAUCCAAGGAUCCGAACGCCCACGAGCACGCCCGAAAUUGUCUACGAGUGCGCCAGAUAUUCCAGUUUUUGGGAUAUACCAAGUCCAUGGUGGCAAGCCAGCACGUUAACUAUCUGCCUCGGGCUUGCAGUCGCCAUGAUCGGGGCGCUGACACUUCUGGCAGCCGCCUCGUCGUUUCUGCCGCACACGCUGAAACGGCCGAAGCACACCAAGAUUCUAGGCAGUCUUCAAUUACUGGCCGCCACAAUGAUAAGUGGCGGUCUGGUGAUGUACCCCGUUGGCUGGGACAAUCGGGAGGUGAGAGAAUCCUGCGGUAAAGGAGCCAAUGUCUAUAAUCUCGGUAGGUGCUCGAUAUCGUGGUCGGGCUAUCUGCUGGUCGGGGCGGUGGCACUUCUGCUGCUCUGCUUCAGCCUGAGCUUUUGUGCCGCGAGGCACGCCCCCGGCAAGACGAGCCACGCGACCAGCUCACAAGACGACCCGCUGCGCAUAUGACAAUCGAGAAAGUCGAUGAUCGAUGCCUACUCGUCGUCGUCGAGCAAGACGACCACCAGCAACAACAACGGCGGCAGACACCAUCAGUUGGGCAGCAAUGGUAAGGAGCAGAGGCAACAGUCGACAGGGACCACGAAACUGUCAAUAGUGACGGUUUGUUGAUCCCGCGGUCUUCGCGCAGCCCUGAGAUUAGCGCGACGACGCUUACUGCGAUACUUGCUGCCGCCGAGAUGUUCUGUUCUUCGUUACGCGAGAGACGAUUUAAUUGAAGCAGAUAACAAUAAGCCGAGGCAACGAAGGAGACGGCCUAGGAGGUUGGCCCGUUGGUUGAUUGCCUUGCGUUCCGAUUAAAGUGCCAAAACCACUUGAAUCUUUUCAAUUGUUAUUGCUUUUUUUUACUUUUAGUUUUAAUUCUAGUUUUUCCACAUCGUUAAGAUUGAAUAAAGUAUAUUUGUAAGAUAUUUCGAGACAAAUAUUCACAUUUUGAAAUAAAUGUUCGUUGAAAGAGCACACUAAAAAUUUAUUGAAAACUGUGCUUAACAGCAUACGCGGUAUGAAACAAAAGCUAAAAACAAUCGUUUCAAUACCUUCACUUACCCAUCCUCGUAUUGUAAAGAUAUAUUUUACAUUCACAAAUUCACACAAUAAUCUUCCCUCCAGGGCGUGAAAAUUCAUUGCCCGAAUUCAAAAUUUAAGUGCAUUAAAAUGAGCCACAUUAAAGUUUGUCCCAUUCCAUCGUCGAACUUUAUUUAUAUAAUCAGGAUAGCGAUAAUAGAGAAAAUUAAAAAGCAAAAUUACCAAAAACUCGCGUAUCAAAGUCGACUGGGGGAUAAUACCAAUGAAUAAACUUGGGCUCGAGUACGCGGGGAAAUGAUAUUCUUUGGGCGAUAGCAUCGGUGCAGAGAGCGCAGGGGAAAUUUAUCACUAUACAUAACCAACCACCGCCGACUGCUCUCGCGCUCAAAAUCAUACGCUAUUAUAUAAUGUACAAAAGCCCAUUCUAUUUUCGGGGAUCAGCGGAUGAUUGCGCAUUAUGGAAAAAUAUGACGGAUGGCUUAUUCGACCCGCGUUACUUUGACAACUAACGUAUUUUCUGAAAUGAAUAUUUAAAAUACCGAUAAUCCACGCGGCUCAAAAAUCGAGCAAGACUUUGAGGAAUUUCAAGCAAAACGUUGAUAUCCCGCGCUCAAACGCGGAAUAAAACCGGUAUAUGUUUUGUGCGAUUGGGGCGCAUAACGCGAGCUUUGUGGGCGCGCUUUACAUAUCCCGAAAAUUUUCAUUUGCACCCGUCUCGUUGCUUUUCCGAAAUUCAUCCGUGUAACUGCCGGGCAAUUGCUUUUUCUGCGUGCACGCGCGCGCGUGGCGCAGUUUUGCUGCUGCUGCUAUACACGAGUCGAAAAGUUUUGCGUGGCCGCGUGCUCGGUGAAUAAUUUUCAUUAACAAAGCCCAGGCACACGCUCAUUAGUUUCCAGAGUAAUAAUCUUCAAAGAGCUUAUUACGCGAACGAUUCUUCAGGACCGGCCGGGGUCAUCGUUGCAUAGAAGCUAUAUAAUACGCGUCGAAUAGCGAAUUUCUCAUGGUUGUACGAGAGCACCACGCGUACCUAUGUUUGGCUGACAAUGAAGUUUUGAGCAUUACAUACGAUCGUUGCAGAAAAUGAAUAAUAAUAUAACUUUGCGUGCGAGCCGUUUUUCGAGGGCACAGUGAAACGAUUAAAAUUUGUGUUUUCGAUGCUUCAACUCUACAAAACAUGUGUACAAGUGUGCGGGUGCCUCCGCUUAUAAACGCGUGUAUUCGCGAAAAAUAACUUCAAUUCGGUUUCGUUAGAUUGCUACACGCAAAGAGAGCUAACAAAAUUUGUAAUAUUCACGAUAUACUAAUAAGUCAUUUCGACUGUUUCGUAUAACUGCAGGGAAAGAAACUUGAAUCUUUUUUUGUUCUUCUUCGAUUUGCUCCAAAAAAAUUUAGAGAGAAUACAAAAAUGUUUCAUAUCAAUUAUCGAGAUGAAAAGAAUGGCAACUCGCAUGAAAUUCUCGAAUGGCUUGUGACACGUCCGCAGUCAGCCCCUUCAGAAUUUCAUAUAGCGUUAUACUACCAUUGGCCACUAGCCGAUGGCCAGUUAAAGGUGGAAAGAAUGAACGAAAGAACAAACAAACAAAAUGAAAUAAAAAAAAUGAAAAAAAUAGAAAUAAAUUCAUCUAUGAAAAGUGCCUGUCGUUCGGCCAUACUAUAGCGCAGCGGCAACGGUAGACGGAUCUAUGUGUGCAUUCAUUAUACAUGUAUAUAUUGCACAGCCGCAGAUAUAGAACUCGCGAAGGCGUAUAGGUAUACGCAUUGGUUCCUGGUUAAUACAAUAGUACGUACGAUUUUUUCUAUGUGCGCGCCAAUUCCUCUCUUUCUUGUCCUUUUCGAGCAGCCGCGCCGGUGGUCACGUAGGAUUUUAAUAAAUCCUGCUAGUCCGAACAUACACACGCGCGAGCGAGGGUGUGUGCUAUUGCGAGUUCUUUCGGUCUCUCUUUCGACGGAUGGAGUAGAAAAAAAAAUCGACUAGUAGGACGACUAGUACCAGUACUACUGCCGCUGCUGGUACCACACUAGCUCGCGCUGCUGCUAGCUUCUAGCUAGUGCCGGGUGACGCCUGAAAGCUUUUGCACGUACAAAAAGGAUAGAGGCAACGAUUCCGAGCUGAUAUCGUGUGCUGCGCUGUCGGAGUUGGCUUCCUUUUUUUUAUACUCUUGCUGCUGCUGCGAACAGCGUGUAGUAGCGAGCUCUCUCUGGGGUAAUGAUAAUUGUCGCACGCUGAUUCUCAUUUGAAUAAUAAGCAGAGAGAGAGAGAGAGAGAGAGAGAGAGAGAGAGAGUAAAAUUCGCUGAUGAAAAUUUCGACUCGCACGCGCGCUCAUAAUAAUGCCAUCUCUCUUAUCCAGUUGCAUUUUUUAAAAGUUUGAAUUAUCGUGCAUUUUGUACUCUCUUUCUCUCUUAUAAACGUCAUAUUUGUGAUCCGUUGAAUUAAUUUUCCAGUCCCUCUCUCCAUCAUGCGUAGCGCAUGUAUUCACGAGUAACUGAAAAAUAAUGCGGGUGUCUGUUAAAAUUAUUAUUAUUAUCGCGUAGAAGCUCUUAAUCGCUAAAUUAUAUGGUAGCAAAGAGAGAGAGAGAGAGAGAGAGAGAGGAGUCGGGUUACAUCGUGUUACCUUAUAUCGUGCAUAUUUCAAUUAAUUAGCAGUUAUUUCUGAAAGCCCUGGACCAUUAAAAUAAAUUAUGUCUCGUUGUGUGUGUGUGCGUCGCCUACCCGUGUUAAAGACAGACCGCUUGAACUUAUAGCAUUUUCGCUUCGCCCGGCGCGCCGGCUAAUAAUUCCCCUGGGGUAAAGCUGCUCCCGUACGCAGUGGCUCAAUACGUGAGUGCGCAGUGUGUAUGCUGUCGCGCAUACUUUUCAUUAAUCGUCAAAUGAGCGAGAAAGAUCGACGUCGGAUUUUUGCAAAAACAUUUUUCAUGCCAACCCCUUUAAUGUGGAUAUUUGUCUUAUGCAACUUCUAUGUAAGCUUUAGUUUAAGUGAAGUUUCUCAUUUUUGUAAUCGACUCUUGCUUUUUGACCUUUUUCUUUAUGGCUUUAGUUGUUCUAUAAUUAUUUUGGUAUAUUAGCUUAGGCGAUAUUGGAAAAACAAUCUGAUGAUUAAUCGCUCCAUGAAGAACGAACUAGAGUAAGCCCGAUAAUCGAUUGAUCGAUCAUCGAUAAAUUAAAAAUUGAUCAAAAUAGUUUUUAAGUCAAAUGAGAUUUAUUAUUAAGUGUGUGAAAUAAAGAAAAAAGGCAUCGUUUUUUCGAUGUCGCAGAUUUAUAAGCAAAAAAGAACAAAUGAGUCAUAGGUACUAAUCAUAAACAUUGAUAACGACGAAUUUAUCAAUUAAUAAGGGGUUUAAGAAAACUUGAACGAUUAUAUUACACUGCCAAUCUAUACAUGGUUAGUCAACGUACGUUAUUACGGAGAUUGUUGAUUGUUUUUUAUUGAAAAAGUUAUUAUUUCGUCAACAAGCAGAGACGAAAACUUGUCGAGAAGCAUAAUAGUCGCCACUAGUGCAACUGACAGCGACAACUUUGAGGUACGGGUUACACUACUCAGUUCUAACAAAAGCUGCAAUUUUCAUUUUCGAGACUUCUUCGUAUAUGGGUGCGUACCGAUAAUAAAACUUGAUAAGCAUAUAUGUCUAUCAAGCGAAAGUUUAGAAUAGUCAUAGUUGUCUCGGUUGAAUUAGAAUCGACAAUGUUCAAUAUGCCAAGAUUCUCCGAAUCGAUCGAGUUUACAUCGAGUUAAAUUUUGACGUGCAACGCACAUCAAAAUACUGCAAAGUUUUUAAUCGUUUCAGAAUGUUAACAUCGAAACUUCUCUCGCACAGUUGUGUGACUCCGUGUCCCUUUCUCUACGGAACAAAAUCGAGAGUUGUGCGUCGCACAGAUUGAAACUUUGACGUAAGAUUACGGAUUGAAUGUAAACUGACGUAUUCAUUACGUGUUUCCAAUUAAAACGAUAGUUCUCGAACGAGGGAGGAAAAACACGAUCAUCUUUUGCAUUUCAGCUACGGUUUCUGAAAAUCACGAUGACAUAGAUCUUGGAAUAUUGUGAAAUAUUUCAAUAUUUUAGUCAUUCAAAGUUUCUUUGCAAAAAAAAGUAAUAUCGAUUGCGUCGAAAGUACAUUGAUGUCGAGUGAAAAGAAAUGAACGUAUAAACACUAUCUCUCGAAUUCACAGUUUUAAUAGAUUUUUUUGCAAAUUCGAACAAUUUUUUUUCUUAACUUUCCAAAGUUCAUUUAUUUUUCUGACAACUGUAGCAGCUGAACGGAAUCUUGUAACAGUUGACAAGGUUUCGAGUCAAAAGUAUAUAGCUACUGGUAGAUUGGAUUUUUCCAACAUUUAGUUGUAAUAGAGGAAUAAAUGUAAACGAGGUCAAAAGUAAUAAAUGACCAAGACGAAAAAAUCGAUAUUUCUACAUCAUUUUCUUAUUUCAAAAGACUGGUAAAAAAAAUUUCAGCUAUGUGCUAUAUGAAAUUGAAGUUCUUUCCAGGAGAGACAUUUCCUGUGAUAGCUUUCGACUGCUAUAUCUAUAGUUAUGUAUCGGUGGGUAACGAUAAAAAAAGUUCGACUGAUGUACGUCUUAUACAUAUGAUUCGGGGGAAAAGAAAUAACUUCUCAGCGAGAGAUGUGUUUGCUCUCUCAGAAAAGUUAAGACCUGAAUGCAGCUGUAAUGGCAAAUAAAACUUUGAAAUGGCUAUAAAAUUAGGACUGUAAGUAUGUAAGUUUUACCUCCAUCAUUUGUUUUUGACUGUUUAAUAGGUCGUUGGAUUUUUUCUUGUAAAAUUAUUCCGUUUGAGUUGUACAAGCAGAAAUCAAAACUUAUUAUAGAAAUAAUAAAGAUUGUAAGUUAAAUGGUCGUCGACAUUCGUUCAAGUUGUAUUUUUAGAGGCAAAAAAUUUUAUACGAGACUUUGAGUGUGAUAUUAUAUUGAACCCAUAACUUGAAUCAAAUCAAACUUUUGUUCGGGUCUUUUAUCUGGGUAUAUAAAAAGUAUCUUGUCAUAGGAAAGAUUCAUUGUUUAUAAGCACGUAUUGAUUUCAUAAAUUUUACAGAUUAUUGUCAAUGAUUAAAAAAGAGAAGCGACACAAUAAAUAGAGCUAUUAAUCAAACUAUUUAUAGUCUGAUGUAAAACUUAGAGAAAUUUUUACGUCAAGAUUCUUUGACUCUGACAGAAAAAAACCCCUUAUAUUGAAAGUCACCACGAUCUAUGCGUGGAAAAUAUUAAUGAUGUUAAAAUGAUGUUAAAAAAUAUGAAAAGCGGAAAGAAAAAUAAUAUCUUAGAAGGAUGAAUUUUCAAAAUGACAGAAAAGAAAAUAUUAUUAGAAAAUAUAUGUACUUGUACAUAUAUGAAUACAUUUACAACUAUUGUAAGGUACUGAUAGUUUCGGGUAAAAAUUGUUAUGAAGUACUGUGCAUGAAAAUGAGUUGAUUAAUUUUUUUAUACACGUAAAAAACGA